GCCACGGGCCUGCGCCGGGGCGGAUGGGACGCCGGUUCCCGCGGACCUGCCGCCUCCAGCCCGAAGUUCCUCGGCUCCCCGGGAAGCGCAAAAAAUAAAAGAUGACGGAGGGCCGUCGAUGUCAAGUACAUCUUCUUGAUGACAGGAAGCUGGAACUCCUAGUACAGCCCAAGCUUUUGGCCAAGGAGCUUCUUGACCUCGUGGCGUCUCACUUCAACCUGAAGGAGAAGGAGUACUUUGGGAUAGCGUUCACGGAUGAGACGGGACACUUAAACUGGCUUCAACUAGAUCGAAGAGUUUUGGAACAUGACUUCCCUAAGAAGUCAGGACCCGUGGUUUUAUACUUCUGUGUCAGGUUCUAUAUAGAAAGCAUUUCGUACUUGAAGGAUAACGCCACCAUCGAGCUCUUCUUUCUGAACGCUAAGUCCUGCAUCUACAAGGAGCUUAUUGACGUUGACAGUGAAGUGGUGUUUGAAUUAGCUUCCUAUAUUUUACAGGAGGCAAAGGGAGAUUUUUCUAGUAAUGAAGUGGUGAGGAGUGACUUGAAGAAGCUGCCAGCCCUUCCCACCCAAGCCCUGAAGGAGCACCCUUCCCUGGCCUACUGUGAAGACAGAGUAAUUGAGCACUAUAAGAAACUGAAUGGCCAGACAAGAGGUCAAGCAAUCGUGAACUACAUGAGCAUCGUGGAGUCCCUCCCGACCUAUGGGGUUCACUAUUAUGCAGUGAAGGACAAGCAGGGUAUCCCGUGGUGGCUGGGGCUGAGCUACAAAGGAAUCUUCCAGUAUGACUACCACGACAAAGUGAAGCCAAGGAAGAUAUUCCAGUGGAGACAGUUGGAAAACCUGUAUUUCAGAGAAAAGAAGUUUUCCGUGGAAGUUCAUGACCCGCGAAGGGCUUCGGUGACCAGGAGGACGUUUGGGCACAGCGGCAUCGCAGUACACACGUGGUAUGCGUGCCCGGCAUUAAUCAAGUCCAUUUGGGCCAUGGCCAUCAGCCAGCACCAGUUCUACCUGGACAGGAAGCAGAGCAAGUCCAAGAUCCAUGCGGCGCGAAGUCUGAGUGAGAUCGCCAUCGACCUGACCGAGACUGGGACGCUGAAGACCUCAAAGCUGGCCAACAUGGGCAGCAAAGGGAAGAUCAUCAGUGGCAGCAGUGGCAGCCUGCUGUCCUCAGGUUCUCAGGAAUCAGACAGCUCUCAGUCGGCCAAGAAAGACAUGCUGGCUGCCUUGAGAUCCAGGCAGGAAGCUCUGGAGGAAACGCUACGUCAGAGGCUGGAGGAGCUAAAGAAACUCUGUCUCCGGGAAGCGGAGCUCACAGGCAAACUGCCUGUGGAAUAUCCCCUGGAUCCAGGGGAGGAACCGCCCAUUGUUCGGAGAAGAAUAGGCACAGCCUUCAAGCUGGAUGAGCAGAAAAUCCUGCCCAAAGGAGAGGAAGCCGAGCUGGAACGCCUGGAACGGGAGUUUGCCAUCCAGUCCCAGAUAACCGAGGCCGCCCGCCGCCUUGCCAGCGACCCCAACGUCAGCAAGAAACUGAAGAAACAAAGGAAAACCUCUUACCUGAAUGCACUGAAGAAGCUGCAGGAGAUUGAAAAUGCAAUCAACGAGAACCGCAUCAAGUCUGGGAAGAAACCCACCCAGAGGGCUUCGCUGAUCAUAGACGAUGGAAAUAUCGCCAGUGAAGACAGCUCCCUCUCCGAUGCACUUGUUCUUGAGGACGAAGACUCUCAGGUUACCAGCACAAUAUCCCCCUUACAUUCUCCUCACAAGGGACUCCCUCCUCGGCCACCAUCGCACAAUAGGCCCCCUCCUCCCCAGUCCCUGGAGGGACUCAGGCAGAUGCACUAUCACCGCAGUGACUACGACAAGUCCCCCAUAAAGCCCAAGAUGUGGAGUGAGUCCUCCUUGGAUGAGCCCUAUGAGAAGGUCAAGAAACGCUCCUCCCACGGCCAUUCCAGCAGCCACAAGCGCUUCCCCAGCACGGGAAGCUGCACCGAAGCAGGAGGAGGAAGCAGCUCCUUGCAGAACAGCCCCAUCCGUGGCCUCCCCCACUGGAACUCCCAGUCCAGCAUGCCGUCCACACCGGACCUCCGGGUCCGGAGUCCCCACUAUGUCCAUUCCACAAGGUCGGUGGACAUCAGCCCCACGCGACUGCACAGCCUCGCACUGCACUUUAGGCACCGGAGCUCCAGCCUGGAGUCCCAGGGCAAGCUCCUGGGCUCGGAGAAUGACACGGGGAGCCCCGACUUCUACACCCCGCGGACUCGUAGCAGCAACGGCUCGGACCCCAUGGACGACUGCUCGUCGUGCACCAGCCACUCGAGCUCGGAGCACUACUACCCGGCGCAGAUGAACGCCAACUACUCGACGCUGGCCGAGGACUCGCCGUCCAAGGCGCGGCAGCGGCAGCGGGCGCGGGCGGCGGGCGCGCUGGGCGCGGGCAGCUCGGGCAGCAUGCCCAACCUGGCGGCGCGCGGCGGCGGCGCGGGGGGCGCGGGCGGCGGCGUGUACCUGCACAGCCAGAGCCAGCCCAGCUCCCAGUACCGCAUCAAGGAGUACCCGCUGUACAUCGAGGGCAGCGCCACGCCGGUGGUGGUGCGCAGCCUGGAGAGCGACCAGGAGGGCCACUACAGCGUCAAGGCGCAGUUCAAGACCUCCAAUUCCUACACGGCCGGAGGCCUGUUCAAGGAGAGCUGGCGCGGUGGCGGCAGCGACGAGGGCGACGCGGGCCGCCUGACGCCGUCCCGCUCGCAGAUCCUGCGGACUCCAUCGCUGGGCCGCGAGGGCGCUCACGAGAAGGGCGCGGGCCGCGCCGCCGUCUCGGACGAGCUGCGCCAGUGGUACCAGCGCUCCACCGCCUCGCACAAGGAGCACAGCCGCCUGUCGCACACCAGCUCCACCUCCUCCGACAGCGGCUCGCAGUACAGCACCUCCUCCCAGAGCACCUUCGUGGCGCACAGCAGGGUCACCAGGAUGCCCCAGAUGUGCAAGGCCACGUCAGCUGCCUUACCUCAAAGCCAGAGAAGCUCAACGCCGUCAAGUGAAAUUGGAGCCACCCCCCCGAGCAGUCCCCACCACAUCCUAACCUGGCAGACUGGGAGCUACAGUGACAGCUGUUUCCUGGAUUCCUCCCUCUAUCCAGAACUAGCUGAUGUCCAGUGGUACGGGCAGGAAAAAGCCAAGCCCGGGACCCUCGUGUGAGCCAGCCCGGCCUGAUCUGACCGCCUCAACGCCAUUCUGAGAUCACCUCACUGCCUCUCAUUUGCCUUACCCAGACGCACUGUCACCCUGCACCAGCUUCGGCCCUCAGCACUUUUUUUUUUUCUCCUGUCUCCGCAUCCCCUCACCCUUGAAAACCUGACUGAGGAGACAUUCUGGAAGGUUCCGGUCCCACUGUGUGUCCCCUGGCUCUCUUGCCCACAGAGGGCCAGACACCAAUCCUCAAUGGCACCAUGGUGGCUUCCCCCUGCCAUGACGGCCCCCCAGGCCAGGAACGGUCAGGGAGGCCAGCUGGCAUGGAAUUCCUGCAGACAAGUAGCAUCGGUGCAGAACAGGAAGGGGGCUGAGUACAGGGUGAUCGGAAGGACCAGUAAGCUGUGUCCAGCCUGCCACCUGUAGGCCAACCAAGCACUUCAUGGAGAGGACGCCUCGUGGGAUAUUCAGCUCGUACCUGAAAUAUUCCUUUCCAGGACAGCUUUGGGGGAGUGGCUCUGGAGAAUGGGGGAUGACAAGGAAGCUCAACACUGCAGACAUGCAUCAGAGGAUCACAAUCAGUUCUAUGCUGCCAAAGAUUAAACAAACAAAAAAAUAAUAAAAACACAAAUAAGAGGGGCCAAGAGGAAGACAUUCUUUCUGCAAAGAAAUUUCUUUUAAAUUCUAGACUGCUACUACACACAAGUGAAAGUCAACCAUCUGUAAAUUGGUGUCUUCUCUCUGUCCCUCUCCCUCAAUGGUCCACUUCUCUCUCCAUAGAGAGCCUGAAAAACUAACCCAGUGUGAUGGUAAAGAUGAGGGAGUCUUGGCUGGCACUGCUGAUGCAGACCCUCCAUCAGUCUGGACACAAAGGAACAGAGACCCACGGGGAAUAGCAGAGUGUACUACUUGCCCUGGUCUACGCAGGUGGUUCACCCCAAGCCCAAGACUCAACGCUGCUUUCCUUUCAGGAUUUGUAGUACACAUAAGGUGGUAAUUGCCAAAAGUGGUUCUCUCUCAUUAAAACAACCAGUAAAAGUGUAUCGUA